CGCCACGCCCGCGCCACGCUCCGCACACGUGAACGCGUACGCGCGUACACACCCGGCCGGGGGGGCGUGGCCAGCGCGCCGCUUUAUCAAUGAAAGGCGCGGCCACGCCCCUCAGCGCCGGCCAACCCCGCGCAGGCGCGCGCGGGGGAGGCGUGGCCAGCGCGGAGGGAGUGCCCAAUGGGAAGGCGUGGCCCCGCUGGCGCACGCGAAAGGGGCGUGGCCGGCGCGAAGGCGCGGCCGGGGAUGGGGCGUGGCCCCGCGGCCGCGCGCCGCCGGACUGGGCGCGAUGGGCCCGGGCUGGCGGGCGGCCUCGGCGGCGCUGGUGGGCGGCAGCGUGGCGAUCUUCGGGGCACUGCGCCGGCUGGCCCUGGCCGUGCCACAGCCCGCCGCCGUAAGGAGCCGUCCCGGCCGCGUCUGGCGCUGGAGGAAUCUCCUCGUCUCUUUCGCACACUCCGUGCUGGCCGGGCUAUGGGCCCUCUUCAGCCUCUGGCACUCUCCGGAGCUGCUCUCCGACAUCCAGGACGGCUACAGCGUCUCAGGGCACCUGCUGGUCUGCUUUUCCUCAGGCUACUUCAUCCACGACACCCUUGACAUCAUCUUCAACCAUCAAUCCCGCUCAUCUUGGGAGUACCUGGUGCACCAUGCCAUGGCCAUCUCUGCCUUCGUCUCACUCAUCAUCACAGGCCGCUUCCUGGUGGCAGCGGUGCUGCUGCUGCUGGUGGAGGUGAGCAACAUCUUCCUCACGGUGCGCAUGCUGCUGAAGAUGAGCAACGUGCCUUCCCCGGCGCUCUAUGAGGCCAACAAAUACAUCAACCUGGUGAUGUACUUCGCCUUCCGCCUGGCGCCCCAGGCUUACCUCACCUGCUACUUCCUCCGCCACGUGGAGGUGCAGGGCCAGGGUGCCUUCCUCACUGCCAACCUCCUGCUGCUCGACGCCAUGAUCCUCAUGUACUUCUCCCGCCUCCUCCGCUCCGAUUUUUUCCCCUCCCUGCGCAAGGGCUCUGCGGGGAGAGACGUAGAUGGUGAGAAGUUUCUGAUAGACUGAGACGUGCGCGCCGAGGGGGACCCGGACUCCGGCUCCUGGAAGUUUUGGGCUCUCCAAAGCUGCUCUGAUGUGCCUUAGGGCUUUCUCCCUGGCCCCAGGCCCUGCCUUCACCCGCUCUGCUGUCUAAAAGCGCUUCCCUGCUGGACCAGCCCGACAGCUUCGCUGAGCUGCGGGGAUGCUGCUGAAGCCAGAGGCAUGGCCGAUGGAGAAGCAGCCCAAGCCGGCUUCCCUGCAGGCAGCUGGAGGGCCAGGGGUGGCUGUGCUUUGCAGCUGAUGCCUGGAAGGGUUGUGAGGGAGGGGGAGUCCCUCCCGUGGUGAUGUUGGGUGUUAUGUGCAUUAAAAUCGGUCUAUUUACUGCUGCCGCA